UUAUCCUCGAUUGGUUCCCUCAUUCCAACCACGAUGAGUGCGGAGAAUGCUGAUGAUAUGCCGAAGGAGAGCGAAGACGCGAUCAAAAGCAAGAAGGCAACUUACGAGAUACAAGAAAUCAUAUCCAAAAGCAGCAGCGCAUUUGUGUUCCAUGUGUUGCGUCUUGAAGAUAAACGUGAUUUGGCUAUGAAGUGUGAGUCUGUCAAAGUCAAAGUGCCUACGUUGCGACACGAAGCUAGAGUUUACGAUGCGUUAAAAAAUCUCGUGUCUCCUCAUUUUGUUGCUUUUGAAGACAGAGGUUUGGUCGAUGAGCGAUUUGUGUUCUUUGUAAUGAGGAUGGUCGGAAAAAACCUCUUUGAUCUUCGUCGUGAUGUUCCUGAUCACAAGUUCAGUAUGGGGACUGCGAUUCGAAUCGCUGAACAAACACUGACGGCCAUUCGCGAUUUGCACAUUUGCGGUUACAUCCAUCGAGAUAUAAAGCCUGACAAUUUUGCAAUUGGAAGGGAAGAAGAUGACUCUUACCACACAGUGUUCAUUCUCGAUUUCAAAUUUGCGCGAAAAUUCAGAGCAGAAGGAAAGGAUUUACGUCUGGAGCGUGAAAAGGCAGCUUUUCGAGGAACACCGCGUUAUGCAAGCAUUACGGCCUUGAGCAUGAAAGAGCAAUCACGCAAGGACGACAUUGAGUCUUGGUGGUACAUGAUAGUGGAGUUGAUGGUUGGACAACUACCUUGGCAGGAUAUGCAGCCAGAUCAAAUUGAAGAAAUCCUACAUAUGAAAAAGAAAGUGCGACUGCCUAAAAAUUUGAAAAUUUUCUUGCAAGGUACACCUCAAGAAUAUAUGGGGAACAUCAUUCAAUACGUAGACACAUUGCAAUACAAUUCAAUCCCAGAUUAUGAUCACAUUGCUGCCCAAUUAUCGACAGCGAUUAAGGCGCACUACCUCAACUGGGAUGCACCACCGGAUUGGGAUCUGAUGACGAAAUACAAAGGUCCAAAGUAUGAGAAAGUGGAUUUAGAGGUGUUACAAAAGGGUUAAGGCUUUUCCGAGCAAUAAAAGAAGUCAUUUGGUUUUGCGAAAACUAUGUCUGGCUGCAUUGUUACUAUAUAACAAGCUGCCCGUACU